AUGAUCUUCCCCAGCCGUACAUCCGCCGUUCUCCUUGGCCUCUUCGGAGCCUUGAGCACCUUUGUUGAGCCUGCAAUGGCAGCGACAAAGAUUAUGCCUUUGGGUGACAGCAUCACAGGAUCGCCUGGUUGUUGGCGUGCUCUCCUCUGGCAAAGCCUUAUCGCCGCCGGCAAGACCAAUAUCGACUUUGUCGGGACCCUUCCCGCACAAGGCUGCGGCUUCACUUAUGACGGCGAGAAUGAAGGUCAUGGAGGCUACCUCGUAACCAAUGUUGCCAACCAAAACCUCCUUCCCGCAUGGCUCUCCGCCACCAGUCCUGACAUUGUCAUGAUGCAUUUCGGCACCAACGACGUAUGGAACAACAUUGCGACCACCACCAUCCUCGCCGCCUACACGACGCUCGUAAGACAAAUUCGGGCCCAGAACCCGAACAUGAAGAUCCUCGUGGCGCAAAUCCUGCCAAUGAACCCAUCGGGAUGCUCAACUUGUGCGGCGGGCGUUGUGGCGCUUAACAACGCGAUCCCGAGCUGGGCGUCAGGGUUAAGCACGAGCGCAAGCCCGAUAUAUGUGGUCGAUCAGUGGACCGGGUUCGUCACAAGCACUGAUACGAGCGAUGGGGUGCACCCGAAUGACGCCGGGAUUAUAAAGGUGGCGAAUAAGUGGUAUCCUACUCUUAGUAGUCUGGUUUAA